AUGCAGGUUUACCUCCCAGGAAUAACCACUUCAACCCAAGGUCAAACCAUUCCUUCGCACUCAGGUUCAACCCAGCAUUCAGUAGUAGGUCACUCAUGCCAGACCCUCCUCAGGAAGAAUCCUACUUCAAACUCUGGUGUCUAUUGGAUUGAUCCUUUUGGUGGAUCUCAGGCCAACGCUUUCAAGGCUUACUGUGAUAUGGAGACUGAUGGAGGAGGCUGGACACUAGUAUGGAGCUAUUCCUUUACUAAUUACAGUCAUUUUAACAAUAAAUCGAAUGCGAUCACUCCGAGGCCAAAUUGGCCGGUGAGAUCUGAAGUAGAUGUUCCUAUCUCCAUCACUCCUCCAUUAAAUGAAACAGACUACAACGCCAUGAACUUCUCACUCUGGAAACAACUCGGCAGACAGGUCCUCAUUAAGAGCAACAUAAACAACUGGCUGGUGUGUCAUCCGGGAAGUGGCAGCUUGGUUGAUUGGCAGGAAGGUGAUGUCAACUGUACUAUCAUCAAACACGUGACUGACCCAAGUCACGAGGUGGUCCCCUCUAAGUUUUCACCUGACCAACAAAAUCGGUAUGGACCGCUGUUCUAUGUGAGUGAGCACUCGCGUAGCUUUUAUUACUAUUUUGACGGUUACACAGGAAAGCAUUGGCCUACCCAUGAUCCUCUGGGAACAAAUAAGCCCAACCAAAAGAAAAAUGUUCCUGAUCCACAUGGCAACAUUUUUAUUCGAGCCGAGUAGCAAAGACAUAAUAACAAACUCUUGCACACAAAUACUUCAAGAGGUCAUUAAAUUCUUAAAACUUGAUUGCAUUACCCGGAAAAUCAUUACAUUACCUGGCAAACAAAUGACGAAAAUCAAUCAACGUAUCAGCUAGAUGGUGUUAUUCUGAUAGAACUCUUAACUCCUAGCGUUACUUUUUCACUGAAAACAAGUUGGACUGGAAAGAAGAAUUUCGGAUCAGAUUUUAGAAGCUGAAGGUUCACGCUUGAUUCGCUCUUAUGAGAUGAGCACGAGCGAGAUCUCCUACUUUGCGGAACACUCUAUAGAGAACAUGCGCCAAUUGGUAACGCAAUAAAAAAUGUGUAACGCAAAACAACAUUUAGUUUUCUGAAAGACAGUACAGUUAACACUCUAAACGUUAAAACUGAUGUUAAU